CGAGACUGAUUUGAUGUCUCUCCCUCGUGUCGGUGGCAAGGGAUCGUGAGUCGUGAGUUGUGAACGCACAGAUGGAAAAGAUGCGGUCAACACUGAACGAGACCUGCAAGCACCCGAGCGUCACCAAUAUUUCCCCCUAGGCAAACUCGCCCUUACACCGGUUACUCUCGAUAGCAAGUUGAGACGUUAAGAUCAGACCACCGUCUAUAAAACACAUCGCUCCCACCAUCCAACAUCUCGAAUCUCUCCUCAUCAUCAGCUUCAGCAUCCAUCACCAUCCUUCAGCAGCAUUUUCCUGCAUCCGGUCUUUACAACCAAGUUACUCCCUUGACACCAUACAACAAUAAUAUCAGUCUCUCCGACCCUCUACACCCAACCGCAAAAAUGUCUCUCGCCCCUGUUCUCGCUGCUCGUGGCAUCGCCACCUUCCCCGGCACCUGCAAGAUCGACAUCUCGGCCAAGCUCGAGGGCUGCGUCGGCGGCGUCGAGAUCAUCAUUGGCCGCAGCGCCUACGACAUUGUGGAGACCCCCGACUACAUCACCAUCACUCCCACCAAGUACUCUAAGCGCACUUAUGGCCAUCAUGGAGGCCACAAGGAUGAGUGCGAUGGCGACUCUGGCGAUCACGAUAGCGACAGCGACAGCGAUGACGACAGCGACGAUGGCAGCGAUAGCGAUGAUGACAGCGACAGCGACGACGGCAACGACAGCGAUGAUGAGAACGAGUACGGCAAUGGCAACGACCAUGAUGAUGACGAGGACGAGGACAACGACGGCGGAAACGACGGCGACGACAACGAACAGCCCGAAAUCUGCCGCGAGCCGACCCUAAGCCUCAACCUCCUCGACUUAGUCGACCUCGACCUCUUCACAGGCGAGGACAUCACCCUCCUCGCCGACAUCCUCGGCAUCGACCUGAACCUAAUCCUCGCCGGCAGCGUCGGCGAGCUGUUGGGCAACCUGGUCGACAACCUGGGCGACACCCUCGGCGGGCUCCUCGGCGGCCUGCUGGGCGGCCGCCCGCGCACCCCGGCCGGCGAGCAGGAGAGCGACCGUGUCCGUUCCGAGUUUGAGCGCGAGUUCACCGUCACCUGCGGCUCCAUCAUCGACGAUCAGCACGCCAACAAGACCACGGCCGAGGACCUCGAGGACUGCCUGGCCCGCUGCGAGGCUACCGCUCUGGAACUCACCCUCGACCUAGGCUUGAUCUACGACUGCCUCGGCGUCUCUCUUGACAACGGUGUCGAGGCUGAUAACUGCCUCUUCAUUGCUGGACAGAAGGUCCUCGACUUGGAGCUGAACCUCGGCUCGAACCCUAAUGCUGUUACUGCCCAGUCUUCUUAAGGGCUUCCCAACUGUUGGCGACACCCGCGCUGUCUAUUCGAGACAGUCAUCGCUGACUUAUCGGUUGCUUCUUCGUUUCUUCACUUUGACAUUUCUCUUCUUACAUUAGAUCUUUUUGACAGACAAGGCUUGGUGAACACCUUACAUAAGGGGGAUAUACACAUAACUUCAUUUCAGCAAUGAUAUAGACUUCCUUUGGUCUUCGGACACCUUAUAAUACACAUUUAAUUUCUCUCUA